CUAUACAGUGUGUGUGUGUGUGAGUGAGAGAAAGAGAUUUAUUAGACAGCUUGGUAGGACUACCUAGGCUGGCCACUCCAGUACUGCCAGUUCUACGGUCCUCUUGCGGGGUACUCCUUUGUACACAGUGGAAAGAUCCGGGAGCUGCCUGCUCCAAUCCUCUGACAGACGCUCAAAGGGAAACGGCGUGCCGAGCAAGCAAGGGGAGGCAGAAGGAAGAUUUCUGAUUGUUUAGAAACACUUUAAUGUGAUUUUUUACUGUCCUUCUACUCAGCCGAAAGAUAGCCAAAGCUUCUCGCACUCGAAGAGGAUCCAUAGGCUGUAAGAUUAUAAAAAGAUGGCGGCAGUGGGUGAAUCCCGAUUACAGCAGCAGCCGUCCCCGAAGGACGCGGCCGACCAGAACUUUGACUACAUGUUCAAGCUGCUAAUCAUCGGCAACAGCAGCGUGGGAAAGACCAGCUUCCUGUUCCGCUACGCCGACGACUCGUUCACCUCCGCCUUCGUCAGCACCGUGGGCAUCGACUUCAAGGUCAAGACCAUCUUCCGCAACGACAAGAGGAUCAAGCUGCAGAUUUGGGACACAGCGGGCCAGGAGCGCUAUCGGACCAUCACCACGGCCUACUACAGAGGAGCCAUGGGCUUCCUGCUCAUGUACGACAUCACCAAUCAGGACUCGUUCAACGCCGUGCAGGACUGGGCCACCCAGAUCAAGACAUACUCGUGGGACAACGCCCAGGUGAUCAUGGUGGGGAACAAGUGCGACCUGGAGGAUGACAGGAUCGUGCCCACGGAGGACAGCAACAGGCUGGCAGAGGACCUGGGGUUCCAGUUCUUCGAGGCCAGCGCCAAAGACAACGUCAACGUGAAGCAGGUGUUUGAGCGGCUGGUGGACGUCAUCUGCGACAAGAUGAACGAGAGCAUGGCCGGGGACGCCAACCUCAUGGCCAAUCACGGGGCCUCCGACCUGCAGGACACGCCCCCGGUCAGCCACGGGGGCUGCGGCUGCUAAGGCAACACCCGUCCGACCCGUGUGCCUUCAUCUCCUGUGGAUCAACAGACUCCACCCCCCCCUUCCCUGUCCUCUGUUGAAGCCUCCCCCCUCCACCGGGCCUCAAGUCCACCUCUCCACCCUCCACCCCAGCCUGGCCCCCUAACCCCAAACAUAGCCCCCCUGUCCUCCCCCCCUGUCCCCAUCAACCACCGCCACCACAAACACCACGCAGCAGCUCUGAGAUAACCCAUCAGCUCGUCCCCACCACCUCCUCACCCCUCCCAGGCCUCUUCCCCUGUUCCCCUGUUCCCCGCACACCCCAUCUCCCCAUCUCUCUCCUGGGGACUGUGCUAGGCCUGUGUUGGGCUGAUAUCCCUCCCCCUCCCCUCACACACACACGCGCGCACACACACACACACACUCUCUCCCUCCUCAGUCAACUGCCUUCUCAGCAUUGUUCUCUCUCGAAGCACUUGUUGGAGUUUCAAAGUGAAACGGGCGUUUCUUGUGAGAAACCGGCCAUCAUAAAUGGCUUUACUGUUACAGCCAUUGAACGCAGUUUGUAGAAAAGGCCAAUGUGUUUUGUCGGAUUGCCAUUGUUGACCCAUUGCCCGGUUUCACCUUUUGAGAACGCUCGUAAAACCGCGCCACCGCAGUACGGUAAAAAGGAAGCGUAAGAGAUGAGUGCCCGAUAUAAGACGGCCAACCCGAGACAAGUUGAUGUUCUGACACGCUGACCAGUUGUACGGCAGUGACCCUCAGUCUCUAACGAGGCUGAAGAUACUUGACGUUUCGGUCAGGAGCAACAACCCGACGUUAUUUCACGAGCCGGGCGUUUCCGAUAACCAGUCAUGUUGCCUCGUUCAGCUCUCCCACCUUCUUUCCAGGCAUGGUUAUGGUUCCAUCUCCUCCUGUGCUUGUGACCCUGUUGUAGAGGCCAUCCUAAGUCCAUUAACACUAUUCUGGUGCUUGUUAUGUUUUGCCAGUAGCCUCCCAUGUAUGGAAAGCCAGCCUGGGCCUUACUCACUGCAGUGAGAGCCUGAGGAUCCUGUUUGCUGUAAUGGAAGUCAAAUAUUUGGCAAGAGCCACAUUUCACACAUUUUUGGGGGUGCGCUAGAGAGUCUUUCGACCACUGUCACUGGUUGGU